CUCUGUAAGAAGGCGGGUCAGUGUGGGAGAAAUCCUGGGGCCCAUCAGCAGUUGCGCUGAGUGAGCCGAGCGGAGCGAUGAGCGUUCACUGAGCCGGAGGAGAGGAGGACCGCUGCCUUUUCCCCCUUCUACUGCGCUUCAAUAUUACAAUUCUAUAAGCACCUGAACCUUUUCACUGAAAAAAAAACUAAUGGAAUUCUGCUCUGGAAUUUUCUGAUUUUUUUUUUUUUUAUCGUAAUUAAUAUUUUACACUCGGACUUCAUACAUCCGGAGUCGAAAGAGGUCUGUCCAAGGUGUCUUUUAAAGCUGAGUACCAAUCAUGGAGCAUGAAACCGGGCCAACACUGAUUGUUACAAGCUUCAAUCCAGGAAGUCGUCUCAAAGACCUAACCUUAAAUCACCAGAUGAGGUUCUGAAAUCACUGACAGAGCGCUCGAAGGAUCGGCUUCAUCAUCACACUUUCACCUAUUUGCUUUGUGUGGAAAGAGGAUAUUUUUUUCUAUCCCGCCAUAGAUUGGCAGACAAGAUUAGAUUAAAUCUAUUGUCAAGAUUACAUCUACCAUUUAACAAAUGCAAAAUAAAACUAUUUCACUGUCUUCAUAGAUCAAUGAUCUACACGGAAUAUAAGACUCAGUAGCCAAACGCUGGAGCUGAACUGUAAUCAAAUGCUUUUAUCGCUUUGAGGAUCUAUCCCAAAUUCCAUCCCUUCUUUUGUGCACCCUGUUGCUCUCCACCAUGAAUCCAAACAGCCUUCCUGGGCAUUUUCUUAUGCUGCUAUGUUCCCUGCUCAGCCUAAGCGCAGGCCUGGAGUUUACUGGUUCUGAAGGCCAGUGGGCUCGCUACGUGCGCUGGGACGCCAGCUCCAGAAGUGACCUGACAUUUCAGUUCAAGACCUCGCAAUCGGAAGGCCUGCUGCUCUACUUCGACGACGGCGGAUACUGCGACUUCCUGCUGCUCGCCCUGUCCGAGGGCAAGCUGCAGCUCCACGUCAGCAUCGAUUGUGCUGAGACCACCAUCACCUCUGACAAGCUGGUCAACGACAGCCGCUGGCACUUUGCCGCCAUUAACAGGGAGAACUUGUGGACCGGCCUGGCCGUGGACGGUCAAAGCAAGACGGGAGAGGUGCGGCCCCAGCGACAGUUCAUGAAGAUCAUCAGUGACCUCUUUCUCGGGGGGCUGCCAAGGGAUAUCCGCACAUCCGCCAUCACCCUGCCCUCUGUCCGCGAGCUUCCACCAUUCAAAGGAAUUAUCACCAACCUCAGUUAUGGGAGUAAGUUGCCCACUUUGGUCAAUAGCCAGAAAGUUCGGCUGGAGAUGAUGGGCCUUUGCACGGAGAACCCCUGUGAGAAUGGUGGGAUCUGCUCACUGGCAGAUGGAGAAGUCUACUGUGACUGCUCCAAAACUGGAUAUGUAGGUCGAUACUGCACGGAAGCAGUCCAGAGAAAAGCAGAACUCGCGCACCUGAAGGCAGACCAAGGUGGAGCUUGA